UGUUCCUGUCAUGGAGAGUCGUUUACACGCAAACACACCCGCCUUUCUGUGACGAAAAUUCCGUCUGCAUUUUCUAACCAUGGCGUCUGACAUGGUCCUGUACUGGGGCUCUGGUAGCGGCCCCUGUUGGCGUGUCAUGAUCUGUCUGGAGGAAAAGGGGCUGUCAGACUACACCAGCAAACUCAUCUCCUUCGAAAACAAGGAGCACAAAUCGGACGAAGUGUUGAAGAUCAACCCUCGCGGACAGGUGCCCGCCUUCAAGCAUGGAAACGUCAUCGUCAACGAGUCACUUUCGAUCUGCCUGUAUCUGGAGAACACUUUUAAGGGCCAGGGGACCAAACUUCUGCCUGACGACCCUGCCCAGCAUGCCUUGGUGUUGCAGAGGGCGGUGGAAUCACAGAACAUCCGGGAGAAGACCAUAUAUGCCUUUUUUUGGUACUUUCACUUGACUAAACCCGAGGAUAGGACGGAGGCGAUGUUUGAGGAGAAGAAGAAGGCGUGUCACGAGGAGCUACAGAUGUGGGAAGGGUACCUGGCCAAGCUGGGCGAUGGUUCGUACAUUGCUGGGAAGGACUUCACCUUGGCGGAUGCGUGCAUAUUCCCUUUUAUCGCAAUCAUCGUACGCAUGGGGUUCAAUUUGAGCCAGUACCCUCAUCUGACCAAGUACUACGACCUGGUGAAGGACCGUCCGUCUGUGAAAGCGUCCUGGCCUCCUCUCUGGAAGGGCACACCAAACAAGGACUUAUAUAAGGACAUCUAGAUCUAUUAUAGAAAAAUUGCUAACACUUUACUUCCAGCACUGAAUUAAACUAUAGGGACUUACCCCUCUAACUUUUCGGUCAAUCUCCGUCGACCUUGUUCACAGAAUGACGCUUUCUAUCUCCAGCAGUGAUGUCAGGAACACACCACUUUUACAGAAGGGGGACAUAAGUAUCAGAGAGUCUAUGUCGCCCCGAGUCUCUGUUGAGUGUGGGCCGGUGGGCUCUAAUGUACACUGCCUCUUUCACUCCUCGCGCGAAUAAAUCCUGUUCUGAGUCUACUAGUAGGAUUCUAAUUUAGAGGGGUAAGUCCCUGUAGUAAAUUCAGUGUUGGAAGUUAAGUGUUAGCAAUUCUUCUAUAAUGUAUUCUACCAACACAGAUAAACUUUCAUGCGAAGACAUCUAGAUCUGAUGUGCUGACCACAACGUGAUGAGCAUAAGUUUGAAAGCACCGCAUUGAAUUUGUUUUUAGAUUGGAAUCUAGUCUACAACUGACUCUGUACUUAAUUUGUAGGAAACUACAGUUUGUCGUAUGUACUGCUAUUAAUUGUUUAUCAUAGACGAUCUAUACAAAAGUGGAGAUAGGAUAUGAUUACAGUUCGUGCAUGCUGUGUGUGUGUGUGUUUCAGCGGUGCUAGGCACGUUUGCUAUGUCAUCCUCUUGCAGUGACGUUUCAUUACGCUGUAUGUAAAGAAUGUUGCCAAAUGUCGAAACAAACAAGCGCCAACAAAUGUGUAAUGAAAUAAACUUCAACGAAUUGAAA